GGCUCGGCAGAAGCGAUUCGCUUCUAGAGGUAUUCACUCGGGCAGUGUUGGAUCGUCCCUUGACCGUUUUUCUUGUGUCUCAUACUUGACGCCGGAGAGUUUCCCUUCGACAGUUGUGUGCGUGUAGUUUUUCCCAUCGAUUUAUAAUCCGUUUGUUUCACAAUCCGAUACUCGAGUGCUACGAAUAGUUUUCCCGAUCUUAUUCCCGACCGAGGAACAAGAACUCCAAGUGGAUUAUUUUACACUCUUGGCCGUAUCACAUCGUCCGAGGAGAUAAAUGGGGGCAGUAGUUUGCUAGCAAAGGCAGGCGGUGCUUGACGUUGACGAAUAAAAAAAACCGUCUAUUUACGAUGAUUCUGCUUCACCAUCAACUCGUCACCAUCGUUUUGGGAUUUCUCAUCACCAUCCUCGCAGAUUCCACGGUCGCGCAACGUGGGAGGAGCUCGCACAGGAUACCCUCGAAAUCAGGUUUUCUGCCGAACAAACUAAAGCCGUGCGAACAAGGGUCUUGUUACCCUGCGACCGGGGAUUUGCUAAUAGGCAGAGAGAACCGUCUUCACGUUUCUUCUACCUGCGGAUUAAGGGAAGCCGAAAGAUUUUGCAUAGUGUCCCACUUGAAGGAGAGGAAGAAAUGUUUCUUCUGCAACAGUCAUCAUCCCAAGCAACAGCACAGGAUCGAAAAUAUCGUGCAAAAACCCCACAUCAGAUCGGAACCGGAAACGUGGUGGCAGUCCGAGAACGGAGUCGAGAACGUUACGAUACAGUUGGACUUGGAAGCGGAAUUUCAUUUCACCCAUGUGGUGAUAAAGUUCAAAACGUUCAGACCGGCCGCUAUGUUCAUAGAGCGUUCGUACGACUUCGGAAAGACGUGGCAAGUCUACAGAUACUUUGCGUCCAACUGCGAGCAAUCGUUUCCCGGUGUUUCCACCAGCAUACCUCGUUCCCUGGCCGACGUGGUGUGCGAAUCGCGUUACUCGUCCGUUGCUCCGUCGGAGAACGGUGACGUGAUCCUCCGAGUAUUACCUCCGAAUAUACCGAUCGAGAAUCCCUACUCCAAGGAGGUGCAGAAUCUCCUGAAGAUGACCAAUCUUCGGAUAAACUUCACGAAACUUCACACCCUCGGUGACGAUUUGUUGGACCAUCGGGCGGAGAUCAGAGAAAAGUAUUACUACGCCAUCAAGAACAUGGUCGUUCGAGGAUCCUGUUCCUGUUACGGACACGCGUCCAGGUGUCUUCCGCUGCACGGCAUAGCCGACCAACAAGAUAUGGUCCACGGACGUUGCGAGUGCACCCACAACACGAAGGGCUUGAACUGCGAGAAUUGCGAAGACUUUUACAACGACCUACCGUGGAAACCUGCGGUUGGUAAACAGACGAGUGCGUGCAAAAUGUGCAACUGCAAUAAUCACGCGAUCAGCUGCCAUUUCGAUCAAGCGGUCUACGAGAGAUCCGGAAGAGUUUCAGGCGGUGUUUGCGACGACUGUCAGCAUAACACCAGAGGGCAAAAUUGCGAACAAUGCAAGCCCUUUUAUUACCAUGACCCGCAAAGAGAUAUCAGUGACCCCGAAGCCUGUCAACCUUGUGACUGCGACCCGUCUGGCUCCUUGGACAAUGGUAUCUGCGACUCGAGGACUGAUUUGUUGAGCGGCGACGAAUCUGGGCGAUGCCACUGCAAGACAAACGUCGAAGGAAGACGAUGCGACAAAUGCAAGAACGGUUACUGGAACUUUGAUUUCAACAAUCCGGAUGGAUGUCAAGCGUGUACCUGUAACACCGUCGGAACUAUCGGUAAUCAGGGGUGCAACACAUUGACCGGUGAAUGUACUUGCAAGCGUUACGUCACCGCUCGCGAUUGCAAUCAAUGCUUGCCCGAGUAUUGGGGACUGUCCGACGAUCGGGACGGAUGCAAACCUUGCGAAUGCGAUAUGGGUGGUGCUUACGACAACAUUUGCGACGUCGUCACCGGACAGUGUCGAUGCAGACCGAACGUCGGUGGAAGAAUGUGCAACGAACCAGAACAGAGCUUCUACACCGGAUCACUCGACUCCUACGUUUACGAAGGAGAAAACAGCCGAGCUUCCAGCAACUGUCAGGUCGUGAUCAGAGAGCCUUAUCGAGACGGUAGAAACACGACAUGGACCGGUCGUGGAUUCAUGAGGGCCUACGAGGGCUCGACGUUGACAUUCUCGGUCGACGACAUACCGAAGACCAUGGAAUACGACGUCGUCGUGAGAUACGAACCGGAGAUGCCCGGCGCUUGGGAGGACGUGCAAAUUCUCAUAGAACGCGACGGUCCCGUGGACCCCGACGGACCCUGCAGGGAGUGGCAACCGUCGGACGACCGGCGACUGGUGCAACUUUACCCGGACAGGCACAGCAUCGUCGCGAUUCGCAACGUCUGCUUGGAAGCCGGCAAACGAUACACCGUUCAUCUGAAUUUCAAGGCAUUCAGUGCUCGUCGGGACACACCGUCCGCCUCCAUUUUGGUCGAUUCGAUCGCGCUGGUUCCCAGACCGGACAACAUACCGUUCUUCAAGGGUUCACCGCCGGCGGAAGUUCGACUCCGGGAAUACGAAGCCUACCGUUGCGGAGAAGUGUUUUACGACUUGUACGGCAAGCCGCAGGAUGUCCCGGACAUUUGUAAGAAGUAUCACUACAGCAUCGGAACUUACGUGUUCGAAGGGGCCCACGCCUGCCAAUGCAACUUGACCGGAUCGCACAGUCUGCUGUGCAAUCAAUUCGGAGGUAGAUGUCCGUGCAAGAAGAACGUCGUGGGACGUAAAUGCGACAGAUGUGCUCCGGGCACAUACAACUUCGGUCCGGAAGGUUGCACGCCGUGCGAUUGCGACGCCGUCGGAGCGUUGGACAACAUCUGCGACGUUGAGACCGGUCGUUGUUCCUGUCACCCGAACACCUACUCGAGGACCUGCGGCCUCUGCCAACCCGGUUUCUGGAACUUCCCCCACUGUCGGAGAUGCGAAUGCAACGGUCACGCCGACAGUUGCGAUUCGAGUAGCGGGGCUUGCAUAGGGUGCAGAGACUUCACGACCGGUCACAAUUGCGAAACUUGCGAAGAGGCUUACUACGGCGAUCCGAGGAUCGGCGUCGACAUAUCGUGCAGACAGUGUCCUUGUCCGGGUACCGUGGAGUCCGGUCAUUCGUACGCCGACAGUUGUUCCCUGGAUUUCGUCACCGCCGACGUUGUCUGCGAAUGUUACGAGGGUUACGCGGGUCCUCGUUGCGACACUUGCGCGGAAAAUUAUUUCGGUAAUCCGGAAGUCCCGGGGGGCAGUUGCUACCCAUGCGAGUGCAGCAAUAACACCGAUUUGUCGAAACGUGGCAAUUGCGAUCCUAGAACCGGAGAGUGUCUCAGAUGUUUGUACGAUACAUUUGGACAUCGUUGCGACAUUUGCAGACCCGGUUUCUACGGCGACGCUCUGAGACAAGACUGUCGAGACUGCAGAUGCGACGUUCUGGGAACCGAUCCGAAAAUCGGUGUCUGCGAUCACCGUAGCGGUCAGUGCCCCUGUCUACCCCACGUCGUUGGUCAGUACUGCGGUCAGUGCGAGGAGAAUCACUGGAGGAUCGCGAGUGGCGAAGGCUGCGACCCCUGCGACUGCGACCCCAUCGGAAGCGUCUCCGACAAAUGCAACGAGUACACCGGCACCUGCGAGUGCAGACCAGGUUUCGGAGGCAGGCAGUGCAACGAAUGCCAGAAGAACUACUGGGGCGAUCCGAACGACAGAUGCCAGGCCUGCGAUUGCGAUUAUCAAGGAUCGGCGUCGCAACAGUGCGACAGAGAGACCGGCGCCUGCGUUUGCCACGAAGGUAUCGGUGGCGGUAAAUGCGACCAUUGCGAUCGUGGAUACACGGGCGUAGCUCCGAGCUGUUUGCCGUGCGGAGAAUGUUUCGAAAACUGGGACCAGACACUGAAAGGAUUGGCCAAUCAGACGCAGAGGGUGAUCGACGACGCCUCGAGAAUCCAGAAAGUCGGAACGACCGGAUUCUACAAACCCGAAUUCGAGGGCAUGGAAGACGCGCUGAGGCAGGUCGAAGCUCUGGUGAGCAACACCAGCGUGAAAACUCAGGAUCUCAACGAGUUGAGCGAACUAUCCACGGAGCUCGACAAUAACAUUCAAGCUUCCCAAGUGGUGUUGGACGAAUUGGACAACCUCCAAGAGAGCAUAAGUCAGAGAGUGAACUUGGGAGACGUUGCUCUGAAGAAUAUGAAGCAGAGGACCAACAGUCUGCAUCAGGAGGCCACGCAGCUCAGAGAGAACGCUACGAGACUCCAAGAAGCCAAUGUCCAGGGCGCGUUGAACGUCACGCUCCAAAUGGCCGAACAGUCCGAACAAGCUCAGAAAGUCGCUAACGGCACGUCGAACAUCAUCGCCGACGCGGAGAGGUACCACAAAAACACCGAGAAUUUCAUCGAGAAGAACGAAGCUUCGUUCAAGGACGCGAGGGAUCGGAACAGGAAAUCUCUGUCCGCUCUGGACGCGAGACUCUCGGUAUUCACCGCGGAUAUUCCUGGCCUCAAUCAAGACGUUUGCGGAGAACGCGUCGACGAGUGUAGCGCUCUUUGCGGCGGUGCUGGCUGCGGACAUUGCGGAGGAUUGUCGUGCGACACAGGUGCCGUUACGAAGGUCGACCUUGCCUUGGAUCUCGCCAAGAAACAGUCCAGCAAAAUCGCCAAACACAAAGCAGACGCCGAGCAGUUACUCCGAAGCAUGGCUCAAGCUAAGCAAGACGCCACGGCCGCGAGGUCGAACGCACAGGACGCGUUCAAUUUGUCGUGGUUCGCUCGUAAUCAAUCGGACAAAUUGUCCACCGACUUGUCCUCGGUCAACGACAAGAUAUGGAAUCUUCUGACGGAGGAUCAACCGACGCCGGCGAUGGUUAGAAACAUGGCGGAAAAGGCACUGAGCAAAAGCAUCGCUUCGAAACCAGACGAGAUCAAGAAUCUGGCAGCGAACAUAUCAGCUAUAGUCGGGCCUCUGGUUGACUCUGAUAAAAUCUUGGCGGAAACCGCCGGCGACUUGAAGCUGGCGAACGACCUUCGAGACCGAGCUAACGCUACUAAAACUGUGGCGAUAGCCAAGCAGAUCCAGGCCGAGAAGCUCACCGAGUUAUUGAGAGACAGUCAGAGCGCACAGGACAAGGCCGAGAGCGCUAUUCAAACGGCUGAGCAGGAUAUCCAGUUGUCGCAGAAGAAUUUGGCCGCGAUAAAAAAAGAAAUGAAAGCCGCGCAGGACACCGCCGACAAUAUAACCGCAAAAGUGAAUUCGUUGGACUCGAGGUUGCAACAAUUGCAGACCCAAUUGGUUAAGAACGAUUAUAUUCUGAACGAGGAGAUAACGAAGCAGGCCGACGAAGUGGUGAAAGAAGCCGAAACCGCUGAGAAUAAAACUUUGAAACUGAGCCAGGACUACAGAAAGACGGAAGACUCUUUGAACUAUCGCGUGAACAAGGGCAAAGGUGACAUACAGAAGGCAAAAUCUCUUUUGCAGCGAGCCUCGGAGCUCACCGCUGACACCUCGACGAAGUUCAAGGACCUCGACGGAAUGGAGAUCGUGUACAAGGACAACGAAAGGAAGCUCGCCGAUCUCAUGGCGAUCGUGGAUUCUUUGACGAACGAUAUGGAAGCGCAUUUGGCGGAGAUAGACAGAAAAGCUCUGAGCUAUCGGCGAUGUACGACUUAGCGAGAGAGAGAUAUCGCGUAACUCGAUACGCUCGAGCGUAGGAAAGUCGCAAAAAACAGAAGACAAAAGAAAAGGAGAAUAAUUUCGCUGAACUUGUACACACCUGGCGUUCCGACCGCGCGGUUACUCACGACUCCGAUAUAACACCGUGGAAAUCUAUUUAACAUGAAUAGCGUUACGCUUUAAUAUAAUAUAAUUAAAUAAAUUAAAUUUAGAACUGUAGGAAAUGACGUCAUUAUACGAUAAAUAAUAUUAUGUUUUUAUCUAUAUAUAAUCUCAAAUCCCGAAAAUAUAUAUUAUGCGUGUAUGUAUA